CUUUCUAUCACUUUCUAAUGAACUUAGUUUAGUUUGACCUGAAAUACGGGAAGAUGGCGCGGUGGAGCUGCGGUGCCACGUCUUGUUACACGGCAAAAAACACAUUAAAUCCUUUUAACUCUUUUUUAUGUGCUUUUAUUUCUUGUUUAAUUAUUUGUCCUUUAAUCACCGAUGCUGGGCUGUACACAGCGUCGGAUCAAGUUAUUAUUUUAUCACCGGAGAACGUGUACUCGGUGGUGUAUAACUCCAGCGCGGCUCGUCUCGUGAUGUUUUACGCGACCUGGUGCGGACACUGUGUCGCCUUCUCACCCACCUGGAAAAGCCUCGCCAGAGAUAUUAAAGAAUGGAAGCCUGCUGUGGAUCUGGCUGCUAUUGAUUGUGCUGAUGAAAGCAACAGAAAAGUUUGCACCAAUUUCGGCAUCACAGGAUAUCCCACGCUGAAGUACUUCCCUGCUUAUUCAACCAAUGAGUCCAUGGGGCAGCAGUUCAGUGGACCUGCAAAGGAUGUGAGAGGCCUUCGGCACUACAUUAUCAAUAAAUUGGAGCAGCAACAUGAGGCUUGGCCACCAGCUUGUCCACCUUUAGAGGCAGCUAGUGUGGCAGAGAUCGACAACUUUUUUCAGACCAACAAUGUAAAGCACCUUGUUCUUGUGUUUGAGAGGGAAAACUCCUAUGUGGGGAGAGAGGUGACAUUGGAUUUGUUGCAGUACGAGAACAUAGCUGUGCGCAGGGUUUUGGACACAGAGACAAGUUUGGUGUCCAGGCUUGGUGUGACCGAAUUUCCUUCCUGCUAUCUGUACUACCCGUCCAGAUACUUCUGUAGAAUAAAAGUACUCAGUGAAGCUCGUACCUUCUACACAUAUGCCCUCCAGAGGUUGCCAGGGGUAGUGCGGUCAGGCAAACCCCAGACUCCCAUCACUGAACUCAUCAAGAACACAAAUCUAGAGGAAUGGAGGCCCUUUAACAAGACGGGUGUGUAUAUGUCUGAUUUGGAAUCAGCGCUGCAUUAUUCUCUGCGUGUAGAGCUGUCUGGUCACAUCCGCAUCAGUGGAGACGAUCUGACUGCACUCAAAAAGUAUAUGCAUGUACUGGUUAAGUAUUUCCCAGGUCGUCCGUCUGUAAAGAGUGCACUGAAGACCAUGGACAACUGGUUACAACUACAGAAUGGGACGGAGAUCAGAUACAGUGAUUUGAGAGAUGUGCUGGACAAUGCUGUACAGACGAGCGAUGCAGUGUUGCCUGAAGGUGUUCGGUGGGUGGGCUGCCAGGGAUCUCAACCCCAAUACCGUCGAUACCCCUGUGCUGUUUGGACACUCUUCCAUGUGCUCACGGUGCAGGCUAAAGAAAUUGGCAGCACAGACCCUCAGGUAGUGUUGCAGGCGAUAAGAGGUUAUGUCAGCAGUUUUUUUGGAUGCAGGACCUGUGCAACUCACUUUGAGAGUAUGGCCCAGGAGAGCAUGGAUCAAGUGAACUCGCUGUCUCACGCUGUCCUCUGGCUGUGGUCUCACCACAACCAGGUCAACAACCGCCUGGCAGGAGAAUUGAGUGAGGACCCCCAUUUCCCUAAGAUUCAGUGGCCGCCUCCAGAGCUGUGUCCUAGCUGUCAUGGUGUAAAGAGGACCGGUGAGCACCACUGGAACCAAGAGCAGGUGCUGAACUUCCUCCGAAACUACUUUUCUGCAGAUCACAUUCUGAUGGACUACCUGCAGGACGAGACCCAGGCUCUCAUCCAUCAGAGGAAUCGACUUGCGGCCGCUCGGAUGGAGAAUGAAGCCGGGCGUGGGUUGGAACGGAAAACUCGAGAGGUUCUCGAAAACCACCCUGCCGAAGAGCCUCAAGAAGAGGAGCAGGAGGAGGAGGAGGAGGAAGAGGAAGAGCCAGCACUGGAGGAGCAGGCCGGUGAGCCGUACCCUGCGGGGCUGGAGGGAAUGGGGGUGGCCGGAGAAGACCCAACUGAUAACCAGGCACCGUGGGAGAAGCCGAAGCGGCCCCAGUCCCAACACAAGCCAAGAAUUGUGGGAUUGAAACUACGGGAGCGCCAGGAGGACAUAGUAGACCUGGAUUCCUUUGUAAGCCAACACUAUAAAGCCAAAGCCCUUCAAGCUGCAGCCAUGUCUGGCGUGGUGCGACGGAGGAGUCUGCAAAAGAAGGAGGAUGCAGAAGACCUCCAGCUCGAGGGAGGUUGGAGGGUGAAGCGAGACCUGGGAAGCCAGGAAGAGAACCUCUGGAUAGAAGCGUUGCCCAGACCCCAAAGCAAGCGCUGGAUGUCCCUGCUCAGCGUGGGAUUCUCCAGGCUGGAUGUGAGCCUGUGUGUCCUGCUGUACCUCCUCUCCACCAUGUGUCUGCUCGCCAUGUACCUGUAUUUUAAAAUGAGGAUAAAGCUGCGGCGGGCUAAAUUGUCUCUGGCCUAGAGCAUCGCUCCAGCGUAAACUUUUACUUCCAGCAAGGACGACCAAAUCUCACAAGCUGUGGCUACUAGAGAACUUGACUGUUUCAGGGCCAAAGUAACGAUGCACAGAAAUUGAGAGAUUACAAAGUAUUGUUUUUGAUUUUAUGGUAAUUAAGAGGAUAAUACGGAAAAAUGCCAACGUGUCAUUUUACGGACCCCGCACUUGUCCAUGAAGGGCUGCUUGUGGUCUGAAUUUUACAUUUUUUUUACUUCAUCUUGCAUUUUUGUAAUUGUAAUGAAUGUCUUUAAUUUGUUUUUAUAUGACCACUCAAAGAAAUCUGCAGCACGCAUAAUUUCAAAAAGGACCAACCAUUUUGUAUAAUAUUCUUGAAACUUUAAAAUUUAGAUUUAUGAAAUAUUUUAGCUCAAAAACUGCAUUUUUAACAUGCCCACUUGCCAUUUAGUAAAAUAGUUUCUAAAUGUAUAUAUACAGUAUAUUGUUUCGAAAUUGGAAUAGCUCUAUGAUUGUGGUUAUAAUGAAAAUACACCCCUAGAUCUGCAUGCGUUUGGUUUAAACCAUUAAUUUUGUCAUGAUCUCACUGCCUGUUUGUUCAUUCACUGUGAUCAAAUAUUUGAUUUUUUUUUUCUCUUCACAAAAAUAUUGUAAGAUUUGUGUAUUGCAGAGCAACUCUACAACAAGUACCUGAAACGAUCAGGAUCACCGAGAUUAUGGUUUGUGCCUGUGUUAGGUAAGCAAGUGCUUUGCUGGGUAAAAUCUGAUUAAAACUUUUAUUUUAUUUCUAAAAA